AUGACCUGUUCUCAGUGUGGAAACAGUUUUAAACAGAAGAAACAUCUUGAGGUCCACAUGAGAACUCACACUGGAGAGCAUCCAUACACAUGUCUUCAGUGUGGGAAGAGUUUCAGACACAAAACAAGUCUUGAGGUCCACAUGAGAAUUCACACUAGAGACCGUCCAUACACAUGUCUUCAGUGUGGAAAGAGUUUCAGAGACAAAAGAUGUCGUGAGGUCCACAUGAGAAUUCACACUGGAGACCGUCCAUACACAUGUCUUCAGUGUGGGAAGAGUUUCAGACACAAAACAAGUCUUGAGGUCCACAUGAGAAUUCACACUGGAGAGCGUCCAUACACAUGUUUUCAGUGUGGAAAGAGUUUCAGAGACAAAAGAUGUCGUGAGGUCCACAUGAGAAUUCACACUGGAGACCGUCCAUACACAUGUCUUCAGUGUGGGAAGAGUUUCAGACACAAAACAAGUCUUGAGGUCCACAUGAGAAUUCACACUGGAGAGCGUCCAUACAAAUGUCUUCAGUGUGGAAAGAGUUUCAGAGACAAAAGAUGUUGUGAGGUCCACAUGAGAAUUCACACUGGAGAGCAUCUAUACACAUGUCUUCAGUGUGGAAAGAGUUUCAGAGACAAAAGAUGUCGUGAGGUCCACAUGAGAAUUCACACUGGGGAGCAUCCAUACACAUGCCUUCAGUGUGGAAAGAGUUUCAGAGACAAAAGAUGUCGUGAGGUCCACAUGAGAAUUCACACUGGAGAGCGUUCAUACACAUGCCUUCAGUGUGGGAAGAGUUUCAGACACAAAUCAAGUCUUGACAGCCACAUGAGAAUUCACUCUGGAGAGCGUCCAUACACAUGUCUUCAGUGUGGGAAGAGUUUUAAAGAGAAGAAACAUCUUGAGGUCCACAUGAGAAUUCACACUGGAGAGCGUCCAUACACAUGUCUUCAGUGUGGGAAGAGUUUUAAAGAGAAGAAACAUCUUGAGGUCCACAUGAGAAUUCACACUGGAGAGCGUCCAUACACAUGCCUUCAGUGUGGGAAGAGUUUCAGACACAAAUCAAGUCUUGACAGCCACAUGAGAAUUCACUCUGGAGAGCGUCCAUACACAUGUCUUCAGUGUGGGAAGAGUUUUAAAGAGAAGAAACAUCUUGAGGUCCACAUGAGAAUUCACACUGGAGAGCGUCCAUACACAUGUCUUCAGUGUGGGAAGAGUUUUAAAGAGAAGAAACAUCUUGAGGUCCACAUGAGAAUUCACACUGGAGAGCGUCCAUACACAUGUCUUCAGUGCGGGAAGAGUUUUAAAAAGAAGAAACAUCUCGAGGUCCACAUGAGAAUUCACACUGGAGAGCGUCCAUACACAUGUCUUCAGUGUGGGAAGAGUUUUAAAGAGAAGAAACAUCUUGAGGUCCACAUGAGAAUUCACACUGGAGAGUGUCCAUACACAUGUCUUCAGUGUGGGAAGAGUUUUAAAGAGAAGAAACAUCUUGAGGUCCACAUGAGAAUUCACACUGGAGAGCGUCCAUACACAUGUCUUCAGUGUGGGAAGAGUUUCAGACACAAAUCAAGUCUUGACAGCCACAUGAGAAUUCACACAGGAGAGCAUCCAUACACAUGUCUUCAGUGUGGGAAGAGUUUUAAAGAGAAGAAACAUCUUGAGGUCCACAUGAGAAUUCACACUGGAGAGCGUCCAUACACAUGUCUUCAGUGUGGGAAGAGUUUUACACAGAAAACUAGUCUUGAGGUCCACAUGAGAAUUCACACUGGAGAGCGUUCAUACACAUGUCUUCAAUGUGGAAAGAGUUUCAGAGACAAAAGAUGUUGUGAGGUCCACAUGAGAAUUCACACUGGAGAGCCUCCAUACACAUGUCUUCAGUGUGGGAAGAGUUUCAGACACAAAUCAAGUCUUGACAGCCACAUGAGAAUUCACUCUGGGGAGCAUCCAUACACAUGUCUUCAGUGUGGGAAGAGUUUCAGACACAAAUCAAGUCUUGACAGCCACAUGAGAAAUCACCCUGGAGAGCAUCCAUACACGUCUUCAGUGUGA